CAGAAACCCAGGUUCCGGCUCCGGCGGAGAGAAGCCCACAGUGCAGUAGCUGCUGGGCCGCGUGGAGACGGCUCUGCGCGAAGCCGGCGGACGGCGCGGAGGAGGCGGCAGCUGCAGCCGGGGCCCACCAGGAUGUUUGACAGCUCGCAGUAUCCCUACAACUGCUUCAAUUACGACGCCGACGACUACCCCGCCGGCAGCUCCGACGAAGACAAGAGGCUCACGCGGCCCGCGUACAGCUACAUCGCCUUGAUCGCCAUGGCCAUUCAGCAGAGCCCCGCGGGGAGGGUGACCCUGUCCGGCAUCUACGACUUCAUCAUGCGCAAGUUCCCCUAUUACCGCGCCAACCAGCGCGCCUGGCAGAACUCCAUCCGCCACAACCUGUCCCUCAACAGCUGCUUCGUCAAGGUGCCGCGGUCCGAGGGCCACGAGAAGGGCAAAGGCAACUACUGGACGUUCGCGGGCGGCUGCGAGUCGCUGCUGGACCUCUUCGAGAACGGCAACUACCGGCGGCGGCGGCGGCGGCGCGGGCCCAAGCGCGAGGGGCUGAGGGGUCCGCGUGCAGGGGGCGCCCAGGGGCCCCCGGGUCCGCCCGAGCCGGCCGCCGGGCAGGGGUCCUUGGCACCGGACAGCGCUGGCGAGGGCGCCCCGGGACGGGACCCCCAUGCCAGCCCCGCCAGCCCCGCCCCCCAGGGAAAGGAGCACCCCCGGGACCUCAAGUUCAGCAUCGACUACAUCCUGUCCUCCCCAGACCCCUUCCCCGGACUCAAGCCGCCCUGCCUCGCACAGGAGGGCAGAUAUACGCGGCUGGAGAACGUGGGCCUCCACUUUUGGACAAUGUGAUGUGGGGCCACCUGGGAGGCCCCUGCAGUUCAGUCUGGGGUCUUCCCCAGACCCUCCCUGGAAAGACGAGUCCAGCCUCACCUUGAGUCAGGAAGCCAGAGUUCGGCAAAUCCUACGAUUUCUCCUGCAGACUGAAGGUCAGGUGCCAUGCUAGGCCUGGAUUGGGAGGACAGGCGGAGGUGGUGCUCCUUAAAGGUACAGACUGUGAGGCUGUGACUUUACCUGUUGGGAAAACAGUUGUCUUACAGGGAAAACCCCACUGGGUUCCAGUUUUACCUGAGGGUUUGCUCUGGACUGGCCUAGUGCUCUUGCUCUGAGGAAUAAACACAGGUUCAUGUUCCCUAGAGUCGGGAAACAUUUCAUUCCUUGGUCACUUGAAGGUGAGCUUUCUAGACAGCCACAUCCCAAAAGCCACAAGUGCCCAGUGUGCGGUCAGUGGGCUGGUUGACAUCGUCCCCAUGGUUAAAAUAAUAGUGGUAAGGCACAAACCGUGAAGAGGGAUGGCAAUUGGCCCCAUGAAUUAGUCACCCCGAGACUUAUGAUGGUGUCCAUGCUAGGGGUGACAUGAUCGGAAGUGACAAAUGUAUCUUGUUGGGUCAGCCGAGUAUUUUGGUGACAGUUUAAGAAAUCAGUUGUGCUUUUUACACCACAAGGGAGAAAGGCAAGGUGGGAAGGUGGGGCCCAAAUUUGGGAUGAUACUGGGGCAAAGUUCAAAUUUCUUGAUUCUUCUGAGCAGGGAGUAAGCCCUGAUUCAGGCACCUUCUGUCAACUGGUUUCCCAAAAAAUCAGGUGCUCAAGAGAGCAGGCUGUGGAUAAAAUUCCUGCAACACCUCACAGGGCACGGUUACAAGCAUCUGAGGUGGGCGCACUCCACUUGAAAUGUAAAUGAUUUAAUUACUGUGUAGAGAUGGGCAUUCUGAAAAACACAGUUAUGCGCAGUGAAACUAUUUGACCAGCCUUAUAGUUUUUCACCAGUCCAUUUUUGCAGAGUUAAUUGCUUUCAGUGACUUAAUUGGAACAUUAGUAUGGAUUACACCUAAUCCGAUUCGCUGGGUGACAACGAUUGGCUAAUUUUGUGAACAGCAAAAACGUACCCAACGAGGCUGGCUGUCUGGUUUGGGAAUUACAUAGUCUUGCUUUAUCGGACCCUUAAAAACAGGGACUGGGCGGCUGUGAAGGUAGGCGGGCUGCAGAGACAGAUCAGAACAUGCAAAAGAUGCUUGGCCCUGGCUUCAUCUCUGUUCGGAAAAAUCCAAGCAUUCCCCCACUCACCUGCCCUGUAAAUAGAUUUGAUGUGUUUGGUUCAUUGUUUUGAGAAGAGGGAGGAAGGCCAUUGCUGACAGAUGCUGUGAACGCCUGGCCCCGUGGAGAUACGCCCACUCCCCAGCCUCCUGGCUCAGACAACCGCAGCCUUUGCCUACAAGGGCACCCUUCGCCCAGGGAGAAGGAGCUGGAGCCCAGCUUCAAAUGCCUGUUCCUGGAAGUGGAAAUGAGGCUUGCAAUGUGGACACCUCUCCUUUGCAAAUGUCAGCUUCUGGUUUCCAGAACUCUCUGCUGGGAGAGCAGCCAGCAUUUCCGGCGCUCCCACCGCCCACCAGGUGUAGGAUCCCAGGAGAUGGGUGCUGCGGCUCUCACGCUCGUUUCACGGAUGGGACUGUGCAUCGCAGGCAUGCAGCUCCAGUUUGGCUCCUCACCCUCUCCAUGCUGGCUUGUACAGGCUAUCAGCAUGGUGUGUACACGUGUGUGUGCGUGUGUAUUGUGGUGUGUGCCCUGUGUCUGUCUGCACUCUUGUUAUUUAUAUCCCUUUGCUGGUUGUGCUAAAAGCCUAGAUUUAAAUCAUACAAGAUGUAAUUUAGACGGUCAUAAGAGGCAGAUGCUCCCAUACGUAAGUAUAUGGCAAAGAAAGUAUCCGAAGAUAUAUUUUUCUGCUGCCA